AUGAAUUACCUUGAUAUUAAAUUUAAUGAAAGAUACAAUUAAAUCAGCCAAUUUGUCAUAAGUAUUAGGGAAACCAUUUAUGACCUUGUUGAAAUCCCUCAUCUUUUAGAACCUUUAACAGAAGCAAACUUCGAAAAAGAUGUCAAAGUUGUGGCUUAGGCAUUAGACUAUAUUGUACAAAAUUAACCCUCUGCUUUCAGUAACCAAGCCAGAUAACAAUCUCAAUAAUAUUUCUAAAAUAUAAUUACCUUAUAAGAAGAAUUCUCUGCUUUAGAAGAAGCAUACUAUUACAAUUUCUAUCAAAUACAAAGUUCUUCUUCUCCUAGAACCUUUAAACAGCUAAUGCAAGCUAAGGACGUUCUUUAAUAAUACUUUUUUAGACAAUGA